GGUUCAGCAUUGAUGGAGGAUAUUGUAUCUGUUGCAAUGCUUUCUCGGAGGUUGCUUCUUGAAGAACCAGAAAUGGCAGUGCAAUCUGUCACAGACAGAGAUCAGAUAGAAACAUAUAUUGCACUAUCCAUUAAGAAUGCAUUCACAAGGACCUUACAGGAGGUUGAGACAACAGCUGAUGCAAGAAAUGAACAUCCCCUGGCAUUACUUGCUGAACAGACCAAGAACCUUUUAAAGAAAGACGAUACCAUGUUCUUGCCAAUCUUAUCUCAGAGGCAUCCACAAGCGACUGUUGUUUCAGCAUCUCUUCUCCACAAACUUUAUGGGAACAAGUUGAAACCUUUCAUUGAUGGUGCCGAACAUCUUACUGAGGAUGUUGUAUCAGUAUUUCCAGCAGCUGAUAGCCUUGAGCAGUAUGUAAUGGCACUCAUUAUGUCUGUCUGUGAAGAUGCAACUGCAGAGGUUUACUUCAGGAAACUAACUUUAUACAAGAUUGAAGCUAUUUCUGGAACACUGGUGUUGCGCUGGAUCAAUUCACAGCUUGGAAGAAUUUUAAGUUGGGUUGAGCGGGCUAUUCUACAGGAGCGUUGGGAACCGGUAUCACCUCAGCAGCGACAUGGAAGUUCAGUUGUUGAAGUUUACAGGAUUGUUGAAGAGACUGUUGAUCAAUUUUUUGCUCUUAAGGUCCCAAUGAGGUUGGGGGAAUUGAAUAGCCUGUUUCGUGGCAUUGACAAUGCUUUUCAAGUGUAUGCAAAACAUGUUGUUGACAAGUUAGCUCGCAAAGAAGAUCUAAUUCCACCUGUACCUGUCCUUACACGAUAUAAAAAGGAAGCUGGAAUUAAGGCCUUUGUAAAGAAGGAACUAAUUGAUCCCAGGCUGCCUGAUGUGAGAAGGUCUACUGAAAUUAAUGCUCUGAUGACGCCUACACUGUGUGUCCAGUUAAAUACACUUUACUAUGCCAUUAGUCAACUGAAUAAGUUGGAAGAAAGUAUCUGGGAGCGGUGGACAAGAAAAAGGACACAAGCCAAGUCAGUCAAAAAGUCCACUGAUGAGAAUUCAAGAAGUUCCUCACAAAUGGACACAUUUGAUGGAAGUAGAAAAGAUAUAAAUGCAGCUAUUGACCGUAUCUGUGAGUUUACAGGAACUAAGAUUGUUUUCUGGGAUCUGAGGGAGGCAUUCAUUGACAACCUAUAUAAACCCAGUGUUUCUCAGUCCAGGAUGGAAGCACUAAUUGAACCUCUUGAUGUGGCACUAAAUCAACUAUGUGAUAUCAUUAUGGAGCCACUCAGGGAUCGAGUAGUGACAGGUCUCCUUCAAGCAUCAUUGGAUGGUUUAUACCGAGUUAUAGUAGAUGGUGGUCCGUCACGUGUUUUCUCCCCGUUCGAUGCUAAGCUUUUGGAAGAAGAUCUUGAAGUACUGAAGGAGUUCUUCAUUUCUGGAGGAGAUGGGCUUCCUCGUGGAGUAGUUGAAAAUCAUGUAGCACGCGUUCGGCAGGUGGUCAAGUUGCAUGGUUGUGAGACAAGGGAAUUAAUUGAGAACUUGAAAUCUGCUAGCGGAUUAGAAAUGCAGGGCGGCAAAAGCAAACUGGGUAUUGAUACCCAAAUCCUAUUGAGGAUAUUAUGUCACAGGAGCGAUUCAGAGGCAUCUCAAUUUCUCAAGAAACAGUACAAGAUACCCAAAUCUGCUGCUUAGUGUAAUGAUCACAAAAUCCACACAAGUGAGAGAUGGAAAAGAGCACCAGAGAAGGAAGAAUUUCUAUUGGCAGUAUUGUACUCCUUGUUUAUAAGAUAUAAUUUAUUUGUCUUCUCCCCAGUAGCAAUGAACUUUUUGCCCCUUUAUCUGUUCAUAUUUACCUUAACGUGUUAGAAAUAAUUCCGUUGCUCGUCUUUCUGUCAUUGUAAUAUUAUCUUGUUCAACUCACUGAUUAUUCUAUUGUAACUUGUGACAAAAGUUUGUUUGAAUUUUUUCGUUUUGUGGAUCGAAAAAUAAAAUAACUAAUGAUGGGAGGUUUGUUUGACUCA